AAUCUCUUCUCUCUCUCUCUUUCGAUCUACCCAAAGUCGCGGGAGCGAAUAGUAAAACAACACCGACAUGUCCGAUCACCACCACCACGCGCGGCUGAACCGCCUCCGCACAACCUCCCAGCUCCUCCGUCAAACCACCGCAUCCUUCUCCUCGCACCCACUCACUUUCAUCUUCCUAACUUUCCUCCUCUUCUCCUUCCACUCCCUCCUCGACCAUUUCUCCCUCCUCCUCACCUCCUUCGUCGACACCGACCCUUCUCUCCGCUCCCUCCUUUCCCGCCUCCCUACCUCCCAAUCGCGCCUCAAUCAUCAUCAUCAUCAUCCCCGCGGCGCUCCCUUUCUCCAGCUCACGCGCCUCGGCACCUUUGACGACGACUUCUUCUCCUCCGACGAGCACGAUCCCUAUCGCCGCCGAUCCCUCCAAGGCUCCCCCUUUCGAUCUCCCCUCAACUCCACCACCCUAAUCCUCUCCGGAUUCGAUCGCAUUCCCGGCUUCUCCUCCCGCCCUAUCUCCCACAACGGCCUCUCCUUACCUCAGAUCGUCCGCUCCGGCUUCUCCUUACACCACCCCAAAGAUCAAGAAGACGAAACCAAACCCGACGAAUCUUCCCCCGAGAGCGACGAGAAGAAAGACAAAGACGAGGACUUUGAUAGUUUCGUGGAUCUGAAGCUCUUCCUCAAGGGUCUUGACCUCGGCCGCGGCGGCGACGCGGCGGCUCUGUUCUAUCUCGUGAGCUUCUUAUCCGGCGCCUACGGGUGGGUCAUCCUAGUGUUCACGACCGUGUACUCGCUGGUUCUGGCGAUCAUGUUCGUCACGUUGAUCAACGACUUGUUAGGUAGGUUCCCUUCGUUUCUAGACUGUUUGUGGAGCGGUUCGAGAUUAGGGUUUAAGAGAGUCACGGGGUUCGUUUUGAUGAGAUGGGCGGUGAGAGACGCGUUGACGCAGCUUCUUGGUUUGUGGUACUUCGGUGAGGUGGAGGAUCAGUACUCGUUUUUUCGUCUCUUUGUGAGGUUAAAGCUGAUGCCUUUCACCGUUAUGCCGCCGUGGAUCCGAGGGUUUGAGAAGGAGAUAUCUGGUUUCUUGUUCGCUUGGUUUCUGCUCGACACGCUUGUUGGUUUGGUGUUGGCGCUUGAUGCUUUUGUCGCCGUUGUGGAUCCGAGGAUGAGGGGGAGGGAGAUCGUGAAGGAAGGGCUUUAUUUGAUAUCUCUUCUGUUGCAUCAGGCUGUGCAGAUCAAGUGUCUCGAAGCGAUUCUCUGUGGGUCUUUCUUUAGGUGGGCGUUGGUUAGAGUUGUGGGGAAAGGGUUUGGUUCUGUGAUUCAGUCUGCGUUGGAAGUUUACUUCAUGGCGGUUUGGUUAGUGUUCUACUUAGCGGUUAGGUGUAAAGAUGCGCACGCGGAAGGUAGGAGGUUUGGGAGAAGAGAGAUGGAGAACUUGGUAGAUGGGAUAAGAUGAUAAUGAAUUGGGUUCUGUAGAAUAAGCUUUUGAGUUUUUUCGAAGGAGUAAACUUUGGGUUUUGAUGGUUCAAUGCCAAUGGCUACAUCUAUAUGUGGAAGAAGUUGUCAUGAAGACUAGGUUCCCUUUGGUUUUAGAAUUACAGUUGAUUCAUGUGAUUGCCGACAGUUUGAUGUAUGUAAAGCUCUGAGCUGUGAAAGAGAGGAAGCAACGAUAUACGACUACUGUGUAUACUCAUUUGCAAGAGUGUGUGUCCUUUUGUAUAUAUAUAUCUUGCUGCAAUUGUUGAUGUCAAAUUGUACCUAUCUUGUGACCCUAUUUGUCCCAACCAUUCUGAUCUUUAUUUAUGUCUAUGCAUUCUUUGGAUAGACG